GUCCAGGAUCCGACUAUGUUCAUUUCCCGGGCGCCGUAAAUAGUAAAUUCACAUCGACCAUGGAAUUCGAAAAGCCGUCCGCAAAGGGUGCCAUGCCGACAUAUCGGGUUAUGGAUCAGAAUGGGGAGAUUGUUGAUAAGAGCAGGGUACCGGAUCUGACGGAUGAGGAGGCUAUCAGGCUCUAUAAAGAUAUGGUUACGGUUAAUAUUAUGGACUUGAUCAUGUUCGAUGCUCAGAGACAGGGACGCGUCAGUUUCUACAUGGUUUCUGCCGGCGAAGAGGGUAUUGCCGUGGGCUCUGCUUCGGCACUCCUCCCGUCCGAUGUCAUCUUCGCACAAUACCGCGAGACGGGGGUGUUCCAGUACCGCGGCUUCACACUCGACAACUUCAUGAACCAGCUGUUCGCAAACCGCAAAGACAUGGGCCUCGGCCGCAAUAUGCCCGUCCACUACGGAAGCCGGGACCUGAACAUCCAUACCAUCUCAUCCCCUCUAGCUACCCAGAUCCCGCAAGCGUCCGGCGCUGCGUAUGCGUUGAAGAUGCAAAGUCUACAGAAUCCGGAAAUCGAGAAACGGAUUGUGGCAUGUUACUUCGGUGAAGGUGCUGCAAGCGAGGGCGACUUUCAUGCUGCGUUGAAUAUCGCUGCCACGCGCUCCUGUCCGGUGGUGUUCAUUUGCAGGAACAACGGAUUCGCUAUCAGUACACCUACCCUAGAGCAAUAUCGCGGUGACGGAAUUGCGAGCCGUGGUAUCGGAUAUGGGAUUGAAACGAUCCGUUGCGAUGGCAAUGACAUCUUCGCAGUGAGAGCCGUGACGAAGCGAGCACGAAAGAUGGCGCUCGAGAACGGAGGCAAACCCGUCCUUAUAGAAGCGAUGAGUUACCGAGUCAGCCACCACAGCACGAGCGACGACAGCUUCGCAUACCGUGCGAAGGUCGAGGUAGAGGACUGGAAGCGGAGAGACAACCCCAUCACGCGACUGAGGAAAUACCUCGAGAAUCGCGGCGCGUGGGAUGAAGAGAAGGAGCAAGCCGCCCGGAGUUCCCUGCGAAAAGACGUGCUGAAGGCAUUUACUAAGGCCGAGAAGGAGAAGCGGCCGGGAUUGAGAGGCAUCUGGGAGGAUGUGUAUGAGGACAUGUCGGAAGAACAGAUGGGGCAGAUGAAGGCGAUGAGGGAGAUCUUGGAGAAAUAUCCGGAGGAGUAUGACCUCCAUGAUUUCGAUGGUGGCGCGGAUACGCUUAAGGAGUGAGACGGAGGAGGUAGGGUUUUUGAAACACGACGCAGUGGCCAACGCUGCUGAUCAAGAGGAGAUAUGACAAUGUUCCAAGAGAAGGAUUGGUCUUGAUCUCGGAGAGUAAGACACAUGAUUAGGACGGUGUCUACGUGCGUAUGGGAUACUGGGGGGGGAUAAGGCGUAAGAAACGAAGACCACGGAUGUGUGAUCAAUUCAACCGGCCUAAUGCUAUCAGGAGUUGAAUGGAUCUCGUCCAACCGAGAGAGAAUAGAAUAUCCCGCAAGACCAAAUGGAGCAUACCUGUAUAAAAAAC